AUGUUUUCAGUGAGGAUAGUGACUGCCGACUACUACAUGGCCAGCCCGCUGCAGGGGCUGGAUAUCUGCCAAUCCCCCCUCACCCGGGCCCCUGUCAAGAAGGUGCCGGUGGUGCGAGUCUUCGGAGCGACCCCAGCAGGUCAGAAGACGUGUCUUCAUCUACAUGGCAUCUUUCCUUACCUCUAUGUGCCAUAUGAUGGUUAUGGACAGCAGCCAGAAAGCUAUCUCUCUCAGAUGGCCUUCAGUAUCGACAGAGCACUUAAUGUGGCUUUAGGCAAUCCAUCUUCCACUGCUCAGCAUGUGUUCAAAGUGUCAUUAGUAUCAGGAAUGCCUUUUUAUGGUUAUCAUGAGAAGGAAAGACACUUUAUGAAGAUCUAUCUUUAUAAUCCUGCAAUGGUGAAAAGGAUAUGUGAGCUUUUGCAAAGUGGAGCCAUAAUGAAUAAAUUUUACCAGCCUCAUGAAGCGCAUAUUCCCUACCUCCUCCAGCUCUUCAUUGACUACAAUCUGUAUGGAAUGAACUUAAUAAACCUGGCUGCUGUCAAGUUCCGAAAAGCAAGAAGGAAAAGUGACACAAUACAUGCAACUGGAUCUUGCAAGGAUCCUUUACCAGGAAGCUCCCUUUCUGGUUCUCUGUUUCGUUGGGAAGAAGGUGAAAUACCAAGUUCUUUAAUACUGGAAGGUGUUGAACCACAGAGUACCUGUGAAUUAGAAGUGGAUGCCGUAGCUGCUGAUAUCUUAAAUCGGCUGGACAUUGAAGCUCAAAUUGGUGGAAACCCUGGCCUACAUGCCAUUUGGGAAGAUGAAAAGCAACGACGAAGAAACAGAAAUGAAACUUCUCAAAUUAGCCAGCCUGAAUCACAAGAUCGCAGGUUUGUGCCAGCCACAGAAAGUGAAAAAAAAUUUCAGAAGAGACUUCAGGAAAUUCUCAAACAGAAUGAUUUCUCUGUCACAUUAUCAGGAUCUGUGGACUACAGUGAUGGAUCCCAGGAGUUCUCUGCGGAGUUAACAUUGCACUCUGAGAUUCUGUCUCCUGAAGUGCUUCAGUGUACACCAGCCAAUGUCGUAGAAGUGCACAAAGACAUAGCACUGAACAAAGGUCACAAAGUGGAGGAAGUUCUUAUUAAUGAAGAAGCAAUUUUGAACCUCAUGGAAAAUAGUCAAACUUUCCAACCUUUGACCCAAAGACUGAGUGAGUCUCCAGUUUUCAUGAACAGUAGUCCUGAUGAGGCUCUGGUACAACUUCUUGCUGGUUUGGAAAGUGAUGGAUAUCAGGGGGAAAGAAAUAGGAUGUCAUCACCAUGUCAUUCUUUUGGAAACUCUAAAAAUCUCCAAAAUAGUGAUGAUGAAGAAAAUGAACCACAAAUUGAAAAAGAAGAAAUGGAGCUUAGUUUGGUGAUGUCUCAGAGAUGGGACAGCAAUAUUGAAGAACAUUGUGCCAAAAAGAGAUCACUGUGCAGAAAUACCCAUGGAAGCUCAACAGAAGAUGAGUCAUCAGAAGAAGAAGAAAUGGAAUGGAGUGAUAAUAGUUUGUUUCUAGCCAAUCUCUCUAUACCUCAGUUAGAUGGAACUGCAGAUGAGAAUAAUGACAACCCAUUGAACAACGAAAAUUCUCGAACCCACUCUUCUGUUAUUGCAACAAGCAAGCUAUCAGUAAAACCCUCCAUCUUUCACAAAGAUGCUGCUACGUUAGAACCUCCAUCUUCUGCUAAGAUUACCUUUCAGUGUAAACACACAAGUGCCCUUUCUUCCCAUGUUUUGAACAAGGAAGAUUUAAUUGAAGACCUUUCACAGCCAAACCACAUCGAAAAAGGUCUAGAUCAUUCAGUUGCUUCUUUUACGAAUGAAAGCACUUAUUCUAUGAAAUACCCUGGAUCUUUAAACAGUACUGUCCAUUCAGAAAACUCACAUAAAGAAAGCAGUAAGAAAGAGAUCUUCCCAGUACCUUCCUGUGAAAAUAGUAUUUUUGAUUAUGAUGAAGAUAUUCCAUCUGUUGCUAGACAAAUACCAAGCAGAAAAUAUACAAACAUUAGAAAGGUUGAAAAGGAUGCCCCUUUUAUACAUAUGAAUCGUCAUAUUAGUGAAAGUACAUUGGGCAAAAACUCUUUCAACUUUUCUGACUUGACCCAUUCAAAAAAUAAAUUAAACUCUGAAGGAAAUGAGAAAGGUAACAGCACAGCUCUGAAUAGCUUAUUCCCUUCAUCAUUAACUGAAGAUUGUGAAUUGCUAUCAUGCUCAGGGGAGAACAGAACUAUGGUGCAUUCUCUUGGUAGCAUUGCUGAUGAAAGUGGACUAAAUAAGCUGAAAAUUAGAUACGAAGAAUUUCAAGAACAUAAAACAGAAAAACCAAGCCUCAGCCAGCAAGCCGCACAUUAUAUGUUUUUCCCCAGUGUUGUUCUUUCUAAUUGUCUCAGUAGACCACAGAAACUCUCCCCUGUCACAUAUAAGCUACAGCCUGGCAAUAAACAGUCCCGGUUAAAGUUGAGUAAAAAGAAACUUGUAGGUCACCAGGAGACUUCUACCAAAACUAGUGAAACUGGAUCCACAAAAGAUAACUGUCUACAAAAUAAUCCUUGUAGUAGUAAUCCUGAGAAGGAUAAUGUACUGGCCAGUGAUUUAAUUAAAGCCACCCGUGGUACUUUUGAAAAUAAAACUCCUACAGACACUUUUAUAGACUGUCACUUUGGAGAUGGAACCUUAGAAACUGAGCAGUCCUUUGGACUAUAUGGAAAUAAGUACACACUAAGAGCCAAACGCAAGGUAAAUUAUGAGACUGAAGAUAGUGAAUCAAGUUUUGUAACACACAACUCAAAAAUUAGCCUACCUCAUCCCAUGGACAUUGGUGAAAGUUUCGAUGGAACUCUUAAAUCUCGAAAACGAAGAAAAAUGUCAAAAAAGCUGCCCCCUGUCAUCAUAAAGUAUAUUAUUAUCAAUAGAUUUAGAGGGAGAAAAAAUAUGCUUGUGAAGCUAGGAAAAAUAGACUCUAAAGAGAAACAAGUAAUAUUGACAGAGGAAAAAAUGGAGCUAUAUAAAAAGCUUGCACCUUUGAAGGAUUUUUGGCCAAAAGUUCCUGACUCCCCUGCCACCAAAUAUCCCAUUUAUCCACUAACACCAAAGAAAAGCCACAGAAGAAAAUCAAAACAUAAGUCAGCUAAGAAAAAAACUGGUAAGCAACAAAGGACAAAUAGUGAAAAUAUUAGAAGAACUUUAUCUUUCAGGAAAAAAAGGUCACAUGCUAUUCUUUCUCCUCCCACACCAUCUUACAGUGCUGAAACCGAAGACUGUGACUUGAACUAUAGUGAUGUUAUGUCUAAACUAGGUUUUCUUUCUGAGAGAAGCACAAGUCCCAUAAAUUCUUCUCCACCUCGUUGCUGGUCACCCACAGAUCCAAGAGCUGAAGAAAUUAUUGCUGCUGCAGAAAAAGAAGCAAUGCUUUUUAAGGGUCCUAAUGCAUAUAAUAACAAGACUGUUAAUUCCCGCAUAGGUAAAAAUAGUCGAGCAAGAGUGCAGGUUAAGAAAUCAAAAACAAAGCUUGUUAAUCCUUCUGUAGUUACUAAGAAAAGGAACAAACGAAAUCAGACCAGUAAACUAGUAAAUGAUGGGAAAAAGAAACCAAGAGCCAAGCAAAAACAAAAAACAAAUGAGAAGGGUACAUCAAGGAAGCAUGUUACCCUUAAAGAUGAAAAAGUAAAGUCUCAGUCUGGUGCUGAAGUUAAGUUUGUGCUAAAACAUCAGAAUGUGUCUGAGGUCUCUAGUAGUCCUGGGGGCUCUCAGCCAGUUUUUAAACAGAAAGAUGUGUCACUAGCAGGCUCUGCUGUAGAUCACCCCCUUUCUGCUCCUCUCCCCACAGGAAUGAAUACACAGCAGAAAUUAUCUGGCAGUUUUUCUUCUUUCUUAGAAAGCAAGAAGCCUGUAGAUUUGCAAGCAUUCUCCAGUUCACGAGAUGAUUUGCAUUCAUCAGUUGUUAGUAGUUCUGUAGGACCCGGAAUAUCAAAAGUUAGUAUUCAAAGGUCUCAUAAUCAAAGUACUAUGUUUACUUUAAAGGAAUCAGCUUUGAUUCAAAAAAAUAUAUUUGACCUUUCUAACCAUUUGUCUCAGGUAGCUCAGAAUACACAGAUAUCUUCGGGAAUAGUGUCUUCAAAGGUAGAAGAGAAUGCCAAUAUACAAAAAAACUAUUUGUCAUCUAUUGGAAAGUUAAAUGAAUACCAUAAUUCUCUAGAAUCAAAGUUGGACCAGCCGUAUGCCCCCAAUUUUUUGCAUUGCAAAGACAGUCAGCAGCAGAUUGUGUCUAUGGCGGAGCAGUCAAAGCACAGUGAAACUUGUGCCGGAAUUGCAGCUUCAGAGGAAAGCCAAAUGUCUAAUAACUGCUAUGUGACUGCCUUGAGAAGUCCAAUCAAACAAAUAGCAUGGGAGCAAACACAAAGGGGCUUUAUUUUAGAUAUGUCAAAUUUCAAACCUGAACGAAUAAAACAAAAAUCAUUGUCAGAAGCAAUUUCACAAACCAAAGCACUCUCUCAGUGUAAAAAUCGAAAUGUGUCUACACCGUCAGCACUUGGGGAAGGACAGUCUGGACUAGCAGUUUUGAAAGAAUUGUUACAAAAAAGACAGCAGAAAGCACAAAAUGCAAAUACUAUACAAGAUCCAUUAUCUAAUAAACAUCAACUGAACAAAAAUGUUUCUGGUUCCUUUGAACACAAGGCAAUUAAGAGAACACGAUCAGUAACAUCUCCAAGAAAACCUCGAACUCCCAAAAGUACAAAGCCUAAAGAAAAAAUACCCAGACUUCUAAAAGUGGACUCUCUACAUUUACAAAACUCUGGUCACUUGGACAACUCCCUAUCAGAUGAUAGUCCCGUCUUUUUUUCAGACCCAGGUUUUGAAAGUUGCUAUUCACUUGAAGACAGCUUAUCUCCUGAACAUAAUUAUAAUUUUGAUAUUAAUGCAAUAGGUCAAACCGGAUUUUGUAGUUUUUAUUCUGGAAGUCAGUUUGUUCCGGCUGAUCAGAAUUUGCCUCAGAAGUUCCUAAGUGAUGCAGUUCAAGAUCUUUUCCCAGGACAAACUUUAGAAAAAAAUGAAUUUUUAAGUCAUGAUAACCAAAAGUUUGAUGAUAGCAAGCAUCAUGCCUCAGACCCAACCUCGUGGAUUAGAUCUGGUACUCUAAGUCCUGAACUUUUUGAGAACUCAUCCAUAGACAGCAAUGAAAAUCAUCGCCACAAUCAAUGGAAAAAUAGUUUUCAUCCUCUAGCAACUCGGUCUAAUUCAAUAAUGGAGUCUUUCUGUAUCCAGCAGACAGAGGACUGUCUACAUGAAAAACCGCGAUUGAAUAGGAGUUCUCUAAGUAAAGAAGUGUUUCUCAGUCUCCCACAGCAGAGCAAUUCAGAUUGGAUUCAAGGUCACACCAGAAAAGACAUGGGGCAAUCUCUUGACUCAGUCAAUACCUCUUUUACUACAAUUCUAUCCUCCCCUGAUGGUGAACUUGUGGAUGCAGCCUCUGAAGAUUUAGAAUUGUAUGUUUCCAGAAAUAAUGACAUACUGACACCAACUCCUGAUAGUUCACCAAGGUCUACCAGUUCUCCUUCACAAUCUAAAAAUGGCAGUUUCACCCCUCGAACUGCUCACAUUCUGAAACCACUUAUGUCUCCACCAAGUAGGGAAGAAAUUAUGGCAACUUUGUUGGAUCAUGACCUUUCAGAAACUAUUUACCAAGAACCAUUUUGCAGUAAUCCUUCUGAUGUGCCAGAAAAGCCCAGGGAGAUUGGUGGAAGACGACUUAUGGUAGAAACUCGACUUCCAAAUGAUCUGGCUGAGUUUGAAGGAGACUUUUCCUUGGAAGGACUUCGUCUGUGGAAAACAGCAUUCUCAGCAAUGACUCAGAAUCCAAGACCAGGUUCACCCUUGCGCAAUGGCCAAGCAAUUGUUAAUAAAGGGUCAAGCAAUAGCCAUAAAAUGGUUGAAGAUAAAAAAAUUGUAAUAAUGCCUUGCAAAUGUGCCCCAAGUCGACAGCUGGUUCAAGCAUGGCUUCAAGCCAAAGAAGAAUUUGAGCGUUCCAAGAAACUGCCUAAAGCUGAGCCAACUGGAGUUGUAAAAUCUGCUGAGAGCUUCAGUUCUUCAGCUAAUCCAGAUGACAAACCUGUAGUGCCUCCGAAAAUGGAUAUAGCACCACAUAUACUCCCCACUACAGCAUAUACCAAGGAAGAUAUUGAUAAUUCUCAGACUGCUUUACAAGAAUCAACUACAGAAUGCACUAAAACUAUAAGUGAAAUACAGCUGUUGCCACCAGUUGCUUCUGCAAAUGAUCUUGAGAAAGAUGAAGAUGAUGAUGGUGAUUUUUAUAUUAGUUAUAGUUCCCCUGAUUCUCUAGUAAUACCCCCUUGGCAACAACCAACAUCCCCAGAGUCCAAAGCAUUAAAUGGAGAUGAGAGAACUUCAUCACCAAUAGAGCUGUGUUCCUUGACUGUUGAGAACUUCUUAAAGCCAAUAAAAGAUGGAACACAGAAAAGCCCCUGCAAUGAGCCUAGGGAGCCUCUAGUGAUAUCUCCAAUUACUAUUCGGACAAGAACUGGGAAAUGUGAAUCACUCUGCCUUCAUAGCACACCAGUCAUACCUAGAAAACAUCUAGAAAGGCAUCCUGAAGCAGCUGGUCUUACCCCUUUAUCAACAGAACCAAAAACCCAGAAAUUGAAUCAUAAGAGAGGAGCUAAUACUGACACCCUUAGAAGAGUCCUCUUAACAACACAAGCAAAGAAUCAGUUUGCAGCAGUAAAAACUCCAAAGAAAGAAACGUCUCAGAUUGAUGGACCAUCUUUAAACAAUACUUAUGGUUUCAAAGUCAGCAUACAAAACUUACAGGAGGCAAAAGCUUUACAUGAGAUUCAAAAUCUUACUCUAAUCAGUGUGGAGUUACAUGCUCGUACUAGACGAGACUUAGAACCAGAUCCUGAAUUUGACCCCAUCUGUGCUUUGUUCUACUGCAUCUCAUCUGACACUCCACUGCCAGAUACAGACAAAACAGAACUCACAGGUGUGAUCGUGAUUGAUAAAGACAAGACCAUCUCCAAUCAAGAUAUCAGAUAUCAGGCUCCUUUCCUUAUAAGAUCUGGAAUUACAGGACUAGAAGUUACCUAUGCUGCUGAUGAGAAGGCACUUUUUCAAGAAAUUACAACUAUAAUUAAGAGGUAUGAUCCUGAUAUUCUGCUAGGAUAUGAGAUUCAGAUGCAUUCAUGGGGUUACCUCUUACAAAGAGCUGCUGCCUUAAGUGUUGACUUAUGUCACAUGAUUUCCCGGGUGCCAGACGACAAAAUUGAGAACAGAUUUGCAGCUGAAAGAGAUGAGUAUGGAUCAGAUACAAUGAGUGAGAUAAAUAUCGUUGGCCGAAUUACACUAAAUCUUUGGAGAAUCAUGAGAAAUGAGGUGUCUCUUACUAACUACACCUUUGAAAAUGUGAGCUUUCAUGUUCUUCAUCAGCGUUUUCCCCUCUUUACCUUUCGGGUCUUGUCAGAUUGGUUUGAUAACAAGACAGAUCUGUACAGAUGGAAAAUGGUUGAUCAUUAUGUUAGCCGUGUCCGUGGAAAUCUCCAAAUGUUAGAACAGCUGGACCUGAUUGGGAAAACCAGUGAGAUGGCUAGACUUUUUGGCAUUCAGUUUUUACAUGUACUGACAAGGGGUUCACAGUACCGCGUGGAAUCAAUGAUGUUACGUAUUGCUAAACCAAUGAACUAUAUUCCUGUGACACCCAGUGUCCAACAGAGAUCCCAAAUGAGAGCCCCGCAGUGUGUUCCCCUAAUUAUGGAGCCUGAAUCCCGUUUCUAUAGCAACUCUGUUCUUGUUUUGGAUUUCCAGUCACUGUAUCCUUCUAUUGUGAUUGCAUACAACUACUGUUUUUCCACUUGCCUUGGCCAUGUGGAGAACUUGGGAAAGUAUGAUGAGUUCAAAUUUGGCUGUACUUCUCUAAGAGUACCUCCAGAUUUACUUUACCAAAUUAGACAUGAUAUCACAGUAUCCCCCAAUGGAGUAGCCUUUGUCAAGCCUUCAGUAAGAAAAGGUGUGCUACCAAAAAUGCUGGAAGAUAUUCUAAAGACUAGGCUCAUGGUGAAGCAGUCAAUGAAAGCGUACAAGCAAGACAGAGUCCUUUCACGAAUGCUCGAUGCCCGUCAGCUGGGACUUAAGCUUAUAGCAAAUGUCACAUUUGGUUACACAUCUGCUAAUUUUUCUGGUAGAAUGCCAUGCAUGGAGAUUGGUGAUAGUAUUGUGCACAAAGCAAGAGAGACCUUGGAACGAGCUAUUAAACUAGUGAAUGACACCAAGAAAUGGGGUGCUAGGGUUGUAUAUGGUGAUACUGACAGUAUGUUUGUGCUACUCAAAGGAGCCACUAAGGAGCAGUCUUUCAAGAUUGGUCAAGAAAUUGCUGAAGCUGUGACUGCUACCAAUCCUAAACCAGUGAAAUUAAAGUUUGAAAAGGUGUAUUUGCCCUGUGUCUUACAAACAAAAAAGAGGUAUGUAGGUUACAUGUAUGAAACGCUGGAUCAAAAGGACCCCGUGUUUGAUGCAAAAGGAAUAGAAACAGUUAGAAGAGAUUCUUGUCCUGCUGUUUCUAAGAUGCUUGAGCGUUCUCUAAAGCUGCUAUUUGAAACAAGAGAUAUAAGUCUAAUUAAACAGUAUGUUCAACAACAAUGUAUGAAACUAUUGGAAGGGAAGGCCAGCAUACAGGAUUUUAUCUUUGCCAAGGAAUACAGAGGAAGUUUCUCGUAUAAACCUGGAGCAUGUGUGCCAGCCCUUGAACUUACAAGGAAAAUGCUUACUUAUGACCGGCGCUCAGAGCCUCGAGUUGGGGAGCGAGUGCCAUAUGUCAUCAUUUAUGGGACCCCAGGAGUACCACUUAUCCAGCUGGUAAGGCGUCCAGUAGAAGUCUUGCAGGACCCAACUCUGAGACUGAAUGCCACUUACUAUAUCACCAAGCAAAUCCUUCCACCCCUGGCAAGAAUCUUCUCGCUUAUUGGUAUUGAUGUCUUCAACUGGUAUCAUGAAUUACCAAGGUUCCAGAAAGCCACCGGCUCCACUCGAAGUGAACGGGAAGGGCGGAAAGGCACCAUUUCUCAAUACUUCACCACCUUACACUGUCCUGUGUGUGAUGACCUGACUCAACAUGGCAUCUGUAGUAAGUGCAGGAGCCAACCUCAGCAGGUCGCAGUCAUCCUCAACCAAGAAAUUCGAGAGUUGGAACGGAGGCAGGAGCAACUUGUAAAGAUAUGCAAGAACUGUACAGGUUGCUUUGACCGACAUAUCCCGUGUGUUUCUCUGAACUGUCCUGUACUUUUCAAACUCUCUCGAGUAAAUAGAGAACUGUCAAAGGCACCGUAUCUCCGGCAAUUACUAGACCAGUUUUAA